AUGCAAAGGAACUAUGUGACCCUAGAAGCUUGUGCCAACCGGGUGUUGGGGAUAACCCAGGCACCAGAGGCUAGUGCAAGUGGGCGAGCGGGGCCAUUGGGGGUGUGGUACCGUGGUAGUAGCAUCCGCCGAUGUGGGCAUUCCAAUAGGGGUUCCACUACCGAAGAAAAAUAUGAUGAGUCUGUAUGA